CCCUAUAUAAACACUAGCUGCCCUAUCUAUCACUAUCAAACAUUUUAGUAGCUAGCUAGCUAUGGGAAUUUCUAUAUUGAGGGUGGGGAAGGUACUUUUGUGGGUGGCUGUGGUGAUGAUGAGUUUCAUCUCUGACUCUUGCGUACAAGGAAUAAGGAAGAUGGAGAUGGAGAUCAAGAAGAAUAAGGGUGGUGAAGGUGAUGAUCAUGGCAACAACAAAUUAGGGAAAAAGGAGCCAGAGUGGUUCUUUGAUGGUCCUGCUGCAGGCAAUCCCAAUGUUCCUGGUGGGGUUAGUGGCGGUGGUGGUGGUUUUGGAGGAGAGGGGAAAGGGUUUGGUUUUAGUUUUGGCGGGAAGGGAUCCUAUAGUUACAGCUAUGGUACUUCUGGGAAACCUGCCAAUGCAAUUGGUUUUGGAAAGCCUGACUGUGUUGGAAAAGGUGGCGGAUCCGGAGCUGGUGGUGGGAUAGGCAAAGGUGGCGGAGCUGGUGGUGGGAUAGGCAAAGGUGGAGGAGCUGGUGGUGGGAUAGGCAAAGGUGGAGGGUCUGGUGGUCGAAGCCACCAUAAGACUAAAAAAGAGAAGAAUCACCAUCAAGGUGGUGCUGGAGGUGGAAUUGGGGGAGGCAUUGGCAAAGGAAUUGGUGGUGGAGGUCAUGGUGCUCGAGGAGCUGGUCAUGGAGGCAUUGGAAAAGGAGGUGGUGUUGGUGGCGGCAUCGGCAAAAGAGGGGGUGUCGGUGGCGGCAUCGGCAAAGGAGGGGGUGUCGGAGGCGGCAUUGGCAAAGGAGGGGGUGCUGGUGGCGGCAUUGGCAAAGGAGGAGGUGUCGGUGGUGGAGGAGGGGGUGCCGGAGGAGGUGUUGGUGGUGGAGGAGGGGCUGCUGGAGGCGGUGUCGGUGGUGGAGGAGGGGGUGCCGGAGGAGGUGUUGGUGGUGGAGGAGGGGGUGCCGGAGGCGGUGUAGGUGGAGGAGGGGGUGCCGGAGGCGGUGUCGGUGGUGGAGGAGGGGGUACCGGAGGUGGUGUAGGUGGUGGUGCAGGGGGUGGCAUCGGUGGUGGUGCGGGAGGUGGCAUAGGUGGUGGUGUUGGGGGUGGCAUAGGUGGUGGUGGUGCAGGAGGCAAUAUGGGUGGUGGUGCAGGAGGCGGCAUGGGUGGUGGUGGAUGGUGGUGGUGGUGCAGGAGGCAAUAUGGGUGGUGGUGCAGGAGGCGGCAUGGUGGUGGUGGUGGAGAGACAUCGGUGCUGAAUUUGGUAAAUGUUAGCGGGGCCAAUUAUUCAACCAUGCAUAAGAGUAAGAGUAAGAGCUCGUGA